UCAGCAAAGGGGCUGGAAUUCACUAGCAAUAGAAUAAAUAUGCCUUUCAUAUAUUAGUUCUCCACCAGUCAGGUGGUCUCAGCAUUUGGAACCCUUUUCCUCUGCCACCUACUCACUUCUUGCCCUACUUUCAGAAGUCAAGAAAUGCUUCAAUAAAGAGAAACUUGUUCUGUGACAGAAAAGAUCAUUUCUUCUGGCCAGGCAUUUGGGAAGGAGACAGGAAGCAUAUUAUUUUAAAGGUGGAAAAGCUGCACUGCGUCCUCCCCUCUCCAGCUGCCACCUGCCAACAUGGUGCUGUCGGCCUGCCGGAGGGUGCUGCCCCUGGCCGCCCUAGCACUGCUCCUGCUCGUCUGCCUGGCUCCCGAUGGUUCAAGAGGGAAUAUACUUAAGCUGAUGCUUCAAAAACGUGAAGCUCCUGCGCCUGCUAAAACAGAGGUGUUAGUGAAAGAACACACGGCCAAGGAGUUCUUAGGCAGCCUGAAACGCCAGAGGCGCCAGCUGUGGGACAGGACUCAACCUGACGUACAGCAGUGGUAUCAGCAAUUCCUCUACCUGGGAUUUGAUGAAGCGAAAUUUGAAGACGACAUCUCCUACUGGACAAACUUGGGACGUGGUGGCAAUGAAUAUUAUGGCGGCUACUACCAGCACCAUUACGAUGAAGAUGCACCUAUUGGGCCCCGAAACCCACACACCUUCAGGCAUGGAGCGAGUGUCAACUACGACGAUUAUUAACCUAAUUUAUUCUACUGUAACUAAGAAUUGUAGGUCUGUAUCGGAUUGAGCGGAGCCCUAGCCUCACUCACUCGCAUCCUCUCUCUCCCCCUUCCCCCCCUCUUUUUUUUUUUUUUUU